UCACUGGUCUAAAGUAAACAACGUAGGAAAUGUUACCGUGAUGAAUAGAUACUGUGAUCACCAACGGGUCAGAGGCAUAGCCGACGCGAGAUGGAGGGCGGGCGGCAGUCGCGGCUGCUUGGCCGGCUGCUGGGCCGUCUGCGCGGAGACCACCACCGCCUGGACCACAACUACUCGCUCACCUCCACCGCAUGUAGCACGGACAGCGCGGGCUUCGCGAGCGCCAACGAGGAGGAGGAGGUGGAGGCGUCACCUCUGAGCCCCGUCGCCACCUCCUCCUGCGGUCCAGCGGACGAGGAGCAAUUCGCCGCCAACAUCGACCUCAGGUAUGGUGGACAAUAUUUGACGCCGGAGCAGCUGCCUGAAUUCUGCAACCAGCUCCAUCAUCUAGUGGAAGUCAUCAGAAACAUACAGUCAUACGCUAAAGUGACGGGGGAAUACCCAAGCGAGCUAGAGAAGCGUCUGGAGCAGGAGGCGCGCGAGGUGGCUGCGCUGGCGUGCGAGGCGCGCCAGGCACGCGAGGUGGUGGCGCGCACGCGCACGCAGCGCCGCGCACUGCACGCGCUCAAGAAGCAGCUGACCGCGCACCUCGCCACGCUGCGCCACACCGAGAUCCGCGAGCUGGAGGGCGCCGUGCGAGUCUCCGACCGCAAGCUCUACAAGAGCUGGGAGGCGCUCAAGGACUCCACAGACCCUGCCGCUUUCGAGCCACUGCUUGAAGAAAUCAAGAGUAAGCAGACUGCGUUGGAGUGCCUGGUGCGUCUCAUCAACAACCGUAGAGCCGGCAUCUCCCGCGCCGCGCUCGCCCCGCACCCCCUGCCGCACCCCCUGCCACACCCCCUGCCCGCGCCCCCGCGCGACGACGAUGAAUCAGCGACGUGCAAUGCACGAAAGAGACACGAUAUCGGACGUCGCGCGACGCACAAGCGGAGGAAGCGAGACAGCACGAGGGAGCCGCGCUCCGUCCCGCUCUCCGGCGAGACCAGCCGCCAUGGCGCCACUGUCACGGUAACAGUGGGACAACCGACGUCAGAGCUAACGACCCGCGCCAGUGUUCGAGACAUAUUAUUUUUCACCAGCAGCUAAAACCUAUC